CUGCGUCACAUUGGCUUUACACUGCUGCAGUUUGUGGCAUUUAAUCCAAAUUCUGCCUCGUCUUAUGCAUUUAUACUCACUUGACUGCUUUUUGGUUUAUUAAUGGCGUGUCCUGUAAAUCACACAGUGGAGUUAAACCCAGCCGUCCUCCCUCUCGACUGGCUUCUGGGCUCCUGGGAGUCAGAUGAACCGGGAGAGGGCUGUUUCCCCUCCAUAAAACCUUUCCGCUACACAGAGACACUGAACUUCAGCCAUGUUGGACAACCAGUCAUCAACUUCAUGUUCAAUGCCUUCCAUGCAGAGACCAAGAAGCCUCUGCACAGGGAGUGUGGCUUCAUUCGAAUGCAGCCAGGGGCCAACAGAGUGGCAUUCAUCAUUGCACAGAACUCAGGUCUGGUGGAGAUUGAGGAGGGAGAGCUGACAGGGCAGCAGCUGAACCUGCAGAGCCAGGGUCUCGCCCGAAUCUCUUUCGCCAGAGAGCCAUACGUACAGAAGAUUUCUCGAGUGUUUCAGCUCCGACCAGAUGGGAAGCUGGAGCAGACAGUUUCCAUGGCAACAGACAACCAGCCACUGAUGCAGCACUUGCACAUCAUCUACCGUCGAUCAUCUUGACCAAACAGGCUGCCAGGAUUCCUUUAAAACAGAAACACUUAGGUCAGGGUUGGUCAACGGUUUGAGUGAUGGUGUGCAUUUGCACGUUAUAUACAGUAAUGAAUCAGCAUUGUUUAGGCACUACAGGGAGAAGAAAUUUAAGUUAAUAUUACUGUUAAAUUGAAAGAAUUAAUGAGGCCUCAUAAAGAGAUGUAUUUUUACAGUCAGCGUUACUCACCAGAAUGCAUUGUGUGUCUUGAGGUUUUACAAACACGUCAAGCGCAUUUCCUUCCUCUUAGAAAAAAAUAUUUUAAAUUCCAUAUUAAUUAUGUCCAUGUUUACACAUAAACAAUCUUCUUCCCUGCCUUUGCUGGCAUAUUGCUGUAACUCUCGGCACAUUGCCACCACCUGUAGAUCACUGGAGUGAAAACACCACUAGAGAUUUAAAAUUCUACAGGAAAUCUUUAACAGAAUAAAUAAAAAAUAAAUCAUAUUGCACUUAAUGGCCAUGGUUGAGAAUGGGUGCUUGCACUGUCUUAAUAUUUAUUGUCCAGAUAUUUAAUGUGGGAGCUGUUAAGCAUAUAAUGCACUGAUUAAGCACACUGUCUGCUAGCAUUUAUCUUUAAUUGCACUAUUAUAAGAUUGGACGUUUAAGUAACUGCUGUCCUUCUGGAGUCAAUGAUCAAUGUUUUGAGUGUAAAAUGUAGAGUUGUUCUGAUACUGGAUGUAACGGUGAUGUUAUGGAUGGAUUAAACUGGUGAACAUGA